AUGAUUUGUGACUUCUGAAAAAAAAACAAAAAAAAAACUUCUGCCAGCUAGAAGCCUUCUGAAGCUCUGAAGUGAACAGCAAUGUCUUGAAUUCUCACACCUGACAUGCCUCAGAGCUGACCCAAAGGUCUAAUGCAGCUGGGCAAGUAGGGACAUGUUCCCCGAGCAUACAAGACACCAGAGCCUCAGAAGACCACGGCAACUCUAAGUUACACCUCCCAGUUUCUGCAGAAGAAAUUUCAGGUACCAUGCUCAGUGGUUAGAAGACAGAAUGCUGAGCUCUGUGAACUUGAACAAUGUGACAUAUCUGAACCCGAGAACUGUAAUAUUGAUUGGAAUUCCUGGACUAGAGCAUGCACAGUUUUGGAUUGGAUUUCCAUUCUUUACAGUGUGUCUGGUGGCUCUUUUGGGAAAUAUCAUUUUAUUAAUCAUCAUCCCAGCUGAGCGUAGCUUACAUCAGCCCAUGUACAUCUUCCUGGCUGUGCUGGCAGCUACAGAUAUAGGACUUUGUGCAGCCAUUGCCCCCAAAAUGUUGGCCAUAUUUUGGUUCAGGGCUUAUUCAAUGGCCUUUGAUGCCUGCCUAGCCCAGCUGUUCUUCAUCCAUACCCUGCAGUGCAUGGAGUCUGGUAUUCUAUUGGCAAUGGCUUUUGAUCGCUACAUUGCCAUCUGUGAUCCUCUGAGGCACACAUCUAUCCUUACACCUUCAAUCCUAGGUCGGAUGAUAGUGGUGGUGGUAAUUCGAGCAGUAGUGCUAGUUGGCCUGUUACCUCUUCUAAUAAAAAGACUGCACCAUUUUUGGACCAUUCAAAUUGCCCACUCUUACUGUGAACACAUGGCUGUGGUGAAGCUGGCAGCAGAUGAUGUGAAGGUCAAUAAGAUAUGUGGUCUCUUUGUGGGGUUUAGCAUUCUGGGAUUUGACAUGGUUUUUAUCCUCAUAUCUUAUGCCCUGAUUUUCCAGGCUGUUUUCCGCCUCCAACAGAAGGAGGCAAGGCUCAAAGCCUUCAACACCUGCACAGCUCAUAUUUUUGUUUUUCUAGAGUUUUAUAUUCUUGCCUUCUUCUCCUUUUUCAGCCACCGUUUUGGUCAUGUUGUUCCCUCCACCCACAUUCUUCUGUCCACCAUCUACCUCCUCUUGCCCCCUGCUCUCAACCCUAUUGUCUAUGGAGUGAAAAACAUGGUCAUUCGAAGGCGUGUGGUACAGAUUUUCCUUCUGAAUCGUGGAUGUCAGUAGGGAUCGCCAGACAGUUACUGUCUUGCAGAAAAGGCUGUUUCAAUGUAGAAAUGGCUAGAGUUUUUUCUCUGUGCUCACUAUAGGGCUUCACCUCUUCCUCUUGGAACAUAAAGAAAUUCAAUUCCACAAUUAUAGAUGGACUAAAUAAAAAACUAUACAGAAUUAGACUGAUUUUACAUCUCCAUUUCUGUUUUAUU